AUGGCGUAUGGAGAUAACCUUUUCCCCCGGAGCCAUUACAGAACAGAAUAGAACAGAUCUUAUAUUUAAGAUCAUCUUAAAUACUGUCUUAAGAUGUCAUGAACCAAUCACAGAAUCGUGUUCGCAUCUUAAGACUUUAUUUAAGACGGUUUUGAAAUAAAAUUUGACUAUAAAUACCAACCUAUGUAAGAACCUCAAUAAGAACCAAAAAUAUCAUAUAAUCCGAUCUUAUAUUUAAUAUCGGCCUAUGAAUACCGGCCUAUAACUCCGCUGUUAGUCUCAUCUACACUUCAAAAAUAAAGAAAGUGUGUAAGGUGUAACUAAGAAUGACCUUUUGUUAUGGUUUGGAAUACAAUUAAUUGGGACAAGUUUAUUUAUCUUUUAUAUAUAUGGCUUGUUUGAGUUUAGUCAUGUGACAAUACAGAAUUAUGGAAAAUUCUGUGACAGAUAAAGGUAUUAAAAGUGAUUUGCUUUCACAAUCAUAUUCCCAGGGUAUUGGAAGGGUUACAGGAACCAAAGGCAGUAUUGUUAAUUUUCAAAUACCUAAAGAAGUUUUGGAGAAUCGAAUAAAAACAUGGAACAGUUUGUUUGAUAAAUAUUCAGAAGAAAUGUCAGAUGAUAUAGAAUUAAAUAUAGAGACUUUAGAGCCUGAAGAAGAAGAAACGGAAGAAUUUAGUGAGGAAGAAUUCAAUUGUGGACGAGUACCUAUGCGCAAACCAGCAACAUUGGUACAGUACUGGAUAAAUACUGGUAAUACACCUUACAAGAUAUUUCUUGAUAAGGAAGAAUUGUCUGAGUCUGGUUCAUCUCUAAGUGAAGAAAAAAUUACUUCGCCAUCAUAUUCCUUACUUUCAAACAAGGCAAAUGAAAGUAAUAAACACAAACAGGAGAAUGACACAUCUUUCAGUUCUGUGGACACAGCAGCUUAUAUUUUAUCAAAUGCAAAUGUUACAAAGAAAGCAGAUACUAUAGCUAUUAUAGAAGGUGCAAAAUCGAAUGUUAUUAAGUCUUCACAAGAUGAUUGUGUUAAAAAUGCAGGGACUAUAUAUAAUGAUAGAAUAACUUGUAUAGAAACUGUAGCAACUAACCAUUUAUUACAUAAUGAAAGCAGUAACAAUAUUCCAUAUAACGAUAUUUCCCAUUCUAUUUCAAUAAGAAAUGUAGUAUCAGAUACUAAUAACCAAUUGGUUACUAAUACAGUAAUAUCUGCUAAUACAGUACAGUCUGAUGUGUCUUCAAAAAUUUCAGUUUGUGAUACAACAGAUAAACCAGAUGUAUUAAGUGCUAGUCAAAAGAAUGUAGAUUUACAUAAUAUAGACCAUAUUGUAACCAUUUUUCAACAAUUUAACGAAGUAUCAAAACGAUUGUCCAUAGAUGAUAAAAGUAAUGGCACUUUAAGUGAAAGUAAAGCAUUGGAAGAACAUAGUUUUAACGAAAAACAACAAGUACCGAUAUCAACGGAUAUCGCGAAGAAAACCGUUAGGAAAAAUGUUAAUUUGACGUCGUUUCAUCGUAAGAAAUUAUAUACCGGUAGGAAUUCCCCUGUAGAUUUAAUAUCAAUCAGGAAAAAUAGUUCUGAUGUAGACAAGCCUACAUCACCUGACAUGAAAUUAAGUUUACAUCCUGCAUUAGAUCCUGACAAUUCGAUUAGAAACAAAUCUCGAAUUUUUAAAGAUAAGAACAAACGAAAUCUUUUCAACAAAAAGACUUUUGGUUCUAAGAAAGUUCAAACUAAAAGAGGCCAAAAAUCUUCUGUUUCUAGCAAAAAUAUUGGUGAUGAAGCAGUUGUAACAAAUAAUAAUACUCUAGAUUCUCUUGUUGAUGACAGUGUACAGAAUUUAUCGAGUUCCCUCAAUGAGGUAGACAAAAGAAGCAGUGAUAAUUUAAUCAGGGAUUGUAAUGGUACUAACGCAUUAAUGAAAAACACUAUACAAAAAUAUCCAGUAGUUUACCUGGAGCGAAUUACAUCUUUCAAGGAAAAUAAGUUUAAAUCUGUCACGAAUAAAGAUAUCACUCAAGGAAAUAGUGUGCACAGUAUGCAACAUUCAAUUGCGUUAAGACGCCUACGCGGCAAUCCAAUCGAAAAUGUGGAAUCGGCUGAUAGCGACCAAAGUACUAUUUUUAUUUGCAAAUGUAACAAUAUUGCUUCAGUAGGUUCUUCAUCUGUAAGCAGUUCUUUUCAUCUAAGACUGAGUACUGAGGACGACUGUUCUGGUAUGAGUGCAGAAAAGAAAAAUGAUAAACUGACGAAUUUGAAAAACGUCGAUACGAAGCAGAACAAAAAGGCACUCGUAAUAUUAGAACAAUUAUCACAAUCAGUAAUCGAAAGAUAUAUGAAGACAACACAAGCUUUAAAUAUGAAAGAUGAUCUUCCUAACAGCUCAAAGAAGCUACCGAACAAGUCCAAAAUUCAUUCUUCCAACUCAUAUAGAACGAAUAUUAAGAAUGACGUGAAACUCCGAGAAAUGAAAGUUAUAUUAGAGCGAUUACCUGCAGAUAUGUAUCCUAAGAAAAGCAGCAAUGCUACAAAUAUAAACUUUGCUGCAGUUACGGAUAAAAUUGUACAGGAUACAAGUAUGAACGAUAAUAAAAGAAAAUCCAAAAAUACGAUUAAAAACCCGAAUCGUGAAAAUAAAAGGACUGCUCGAACAAUUCGUAAACUCAAUAAUAAUUAUUCAUUGAGGAUACAUACCAGAUCUAAGAUAAGUGACAGUGAAAUGAAUAACAUGUCCAAUGAUAUUGCACAGCAUAAUCAAAUUUCUAAUGGAACAGGGUCAAACUUGAAACCUCGAUAUGGAAAUCACGAUAGCCAAAACAAACAUAAAAAACGUUCAAUUUUUUAUUUUACUUCAUCAGACGAAAAUGAUUUGGUUCAAUUCAUACAACCUUCUAAAAAGAGAUUAAUAGACAAGACAAGCAAAACAGGCAAUAUUGCAGGAAAAGAUUUAUAUGACGAAGCUACAUUAGUUAGUAUGAAUAAAAACAAAUAUGACUCUAAUAAAAACAUAAACACGACGAUCUAUUUUUCGAAAAAAAAUAAUUUAAGAAAAAUCGAUGGAUCGAUUAGAGAGAAAAAUAGAAAUAAGGCCGAAAUAAAGUUUUCUGAUAGUAAUGCGACGUCAACUGACCCCUUCUCGAUGCGUAAACAUGAGAAAUUUUCACUCUUCACACACAGAAGUGAUCGAUGUAAUAAUCCUAUGAAGAAUUUAAAUGGACGACGUGAGAAAUUUUCUGACACUGAGAAUAUAAGUAACAAUAGUGAAAUAUAUCUAAAUAAAGCGACAAAGGAAAAUAGAAUAAAUCAUAAAAAUGAUGCUUGCAUCACACUCUUUCAAACUAAAACAUUUAAUAUAGAGUCAUCGGAUUCUGAUCAGAGCAACUACGAUAACACGUCUGUCCACGAGUCUAUCCGUAAGUCGUUAAGAAUUGCUUCCGCACAUGACAAGGUACAAUUGAAUGAUCAUGCCAACAAAGAAAAACUUUAUAAUAAUUCCCACACAAAGACGCACGCCAAUAAACAAUUGCAUCCGUUAAAUUCGUUUACUAGAAAAUAUAACGGUGCAAACAAGACACACAAUGCAAAACAGAGAUUGAGAUCAGUAAUUGUCACUGCUGAAACAAACGAACGAUUUGACAAAGAGUUUAAUAAUAAUAUUAAUUUGUGCACUAAUACUACAACGAAAGCUAUGCCUUAUGUUCCUGUCGCGAGUAAUACGCGAAGCACACUCAUGCAAAAAAAUAACGCGAUUUUAGAUAGUUCCCUUCGAAAUAAUAGCUCUAAUAAAUUAUUGCGAAAUAAGCAGAUACCUGAGAAUUUUAGUUUAAAAAAUUCACAAGCUAAUCAAGAACACGGUGUUGAAUCAAAGGUAAACAAGUCAUUAAUGUUUCAAACGAAAAUUUAUUAUGAUUCGGAUUCGAGCGAAUGUUGAUAAUAUUUUCUAAAAAUUAUAAUAAAAAAAUUAUAAAAAUAAUAUUUUCUAAAAUUUAUAAUAAUAUUUAUUAUGGAUAUUGUAUUGAUAUAAAAUUGAUAGCAUACAAAGAAAAUUCUAUAUGUGUAAGAUAAUGUUAGAUGUGUCAGUUUACAGUGGAUUUGAGUAUAGUAUUUUAAAUUCAACUGAUUAAUUGGGUUAACAUAUUAGAAUUGUGUGUUCAAUAGAUUGGCGACAGAAAACAAAAGUCAGAUUGAAUUCUAUUCGAGUUCUACAUUCUAUUCAAAUAUAUUUGAACAGUUACGGAAUUGUAAAAUCUACCACUACCGUACUCUAUUAGUGUAAAGUCUGCUUUGUUAUAUUAUAGUUAUAUUUCCACUGGUAAGCUAUUAAUAAAAGUUGUAUAGAAUAUCUUACAAAAUUUAUAUAUCUCGAUAUUUGACUGUCCGGUGAUAUAUGCGGGCCAUGUCCGGAAUGAUUAAGAUGUUUUACAUAUAUUAUUAAGCGCAUUAACUUUAAAGCAUUAUUGAUAAAAUACACAUUGCUCAUAUUCAUAAUACUGAUUAAUAAUGAUUAUGUUUUGCGAGAA